GCGAUUGGCCCAUGUCCACGGCCUGCUGCGUGACUUCCCGUCCGGUUCCUGGGCUUGCACGUGUGUUUAGGCCUGAAGACGCCGCUGAGAGCUGGCCCUUGACGGCAGCUCGGAGGUAGCGUGUCACCACCCGAGGGACUCGGAGAGUGUAGUCGCUGCUCUUCGGUGUGAGCGCCGUGCGGCUGCAACAUGCCUCACAGGAAGAAAAAGCCCUUUAUAGAAAAGAAGAAAGCUGUGUCUUUUCACCUGGUCCAUCGGAGCCAGCGAGAUCCUUUGGCGGCAGACGAGACUGCACCGCAGAGAGUUCUGCUGCCUACCCAGAAAAUAAAUGAUGAAGAGAGACGAGCAGAACAGAGGAAGUAUGGAGUGUUCUUUGAUGAUGACUAUGACUACCUGCAGCACCUGAAGGAACCAUCUGGGCCCUCGGAGCUUAUUCCCACAAGUACCGUCAGCGUACCCAACAGGAGAAAUGAAAACGAAGAGACUUCAAUAAUUUCAAGCACCGGAAUUAAGCUGCCUUCUUCAGUGUUUGCAUCAGAGUUUGAGGAAGACGUUGGAUUGUUAAAUAAAGCAGCUCCUGUUUCAGGACCUCGGCUGGAUUUUGAUCCUGACAUUGUUGCAGCUCUUGAUGAUGAUUUUGACUUUGAUAAUCCAGAUAACCUGCUUGAAGAUGAUUUUAUUCUUCAGGCUAAUCAACCAACAGAAGAGGAAGAGGGAAUGGAUAUACAGAAACCUGAGGUUGAAGAUGGCAGCGAGUGGGAAGACGUGUAUGAUGAGAAGGCAGGAGGCAGCGAUGGCAGGGACUGUGACUCCGUAGGCUCGUUGUCGGAUGAGGCUGCAUCAGCCCCGGGAACGCCUCUCGGGGCCCUAGAAAAUCACUUGUUCUGGGAAGAGGAAACGAAAAGUCGCUUUACUGACUAUUCUAUGACAUCCUCAGUCAUGAGGAGAAAUGAACAGCUGACCCUACAUGACGAAAGAUUUGAGAAGUUUUAUGAGCAAUAUGAUGAUGAUGAAAUUGGAGCUCUGGAUAAUGCUGAAUUGGAAGGUUCCAUUCAAGUUGACAGCAAUCGCUUAGAGGAAGUUUUGAACGACUACUAUAAAGAGAAGGCAGAGAAUUGUGUGAAAUUGAGUACUCUUGAACCAUUCGAGGAUCAGGACCUACCAGUGAAUGAACUUGAUGGGUCCGAGGAGGAAGAGAUUGUCACUGUAGUUCUUGAAGAAGGCAAGGAGAAGUGGGAUUGUGAAUCCAUUUGUAGUACAUACUCAAAUUUAUAUAACCAUCCACAGCUUAUCAAGUAUGAACCAAAGCCCAAACAAAUCCAAAUAUCUUCUAAAACAGGAAUACCUCUCAAUGUCUUACCUAAGAAAGGAUUCACAGCAAAGCAAGUUGAACGCAUGCAGAUGAUUAAUGACAGCGAUCUGCCCAAAGUGUCAGUGCAGCCACGCUCUAAAAAUGAAAGCAGAGAAGAUAAAAGAGCAAGAAAGCAAGCGAUAAAAGAAGAGCGCAAGGAACGGAGAGUAGAGAAGAAAGCUAACAAAUUAGCCUUCAAACUGGAGAAAAGAAGGCAGGAAAAGGAGCUGCUGAACCUGAAGAAGAAUGUUGAGGGUCUGAAGCUAUGACAGCGGAACGUCUAGGGUAAGGCGCGCUCCCCUGGGGGCUCCUGACUGUGCUCAAGAGCGAGCGAGGGUCUCCAGGGAGACAGGACUGGCCUGCCAUUUUCACUGGCAUGGACUGAAAAGAAAACAGCACAGUACGUGUAUUUAUGCCAGCAAGUUUGUAAAUAUUGUAAUAUUUUAAAAUUUAAUAUGAUAAGCUUAGAUUCGCUGUGAAAUAAAUGACUUUAUGAAAGUGAAAUGU